AACGCCCCUAAUUCAAGUUCCAAUCGUGGUUAGUUAGCGUGAAUAAGCGACAAUCACAACAGAUAGAUCCAAAGAGAGACCAUCGAAGCAAGAGAAACGGACGAUGACGGACAGUUUGAUCCGAGCACUAGUUGAAGCGAUUCACUCCACUCCUACUCAGGCCGUUCUCUACUUCUCCGGCGGUGCUUCACAGGUCUUAGGGUGGUUGGCGGCAGUUCCUGGAGCGUCAAACACAGUUCUUGAAGUUAUUGUUCCUUAUUCUCGUAUGUCAAUGAUCCAAUUGCUUGGGAAGGUACCUGUUCAAUUCACUAGCAAGGAGACUGCUGAAGACAUGGCAUUAGUGGCUUAUAAUCGUGCUCUAAAGCUCUCCAAACCAGGUUCUCCUGUAGUAGGUGUGGGAUUUACUGGUUCUUUGGCUACCACACGUCCAAAACUUGGGGAUCACAGGUUUUACUUGUCAACACGAACUUCUAACAGGCUUUGGGCUUCUUCAGUAACCUUGUCAAAGGGUUUGAGAAACCGAGAGCAAGAAGAAAGAGUAUCAAGCCAAGUUUUACUCAAGGCAAUUGCAGAAGCUUGCAAGGUUCCAAAUUCAACAACAUUUGAUUCAGAUUUGACUGAAGGUGAAGUUCCUGAUGUAAGUGAGUUGCAUUUUGAUGAAGACCAGGAACUUGAACAAUUAAUACAAGGCAAAAUAUGCUUCAAAAUCUUCCCAUUUUCAAGUGGCACACAAACUUCAAAUGGAGAUAGGAAAGUAAUUCUUUCUGGAUCUUUUAAUCCUCUACAUGAUGGACACCUUAAGCUCCUUGAAGUUGCAAUGAGCCUUUGUAGUGGGGGGUAUCCAUGCUUUGAAUUGUCAGCCAUAAAUGCAGACAAACCUCCAUUGACAGUUUCACAGAUUAAAGAUCGUGUUAAACAAUUUGAAAAAGCUGGAAAAACAGUGAUUAUUUCUAAUCAGCCAUAUUUCUACAAGAAAGCACAGCUGUUUCCUGGUAGUGCUUUUGUAAUUGGUGCUGAUACUGCAGCAAGGCUUAUAAAUUUUCUUUCUCUCUCUCUCUCUCUCUCUCUCUCUCUCCAGCCAAAGUACUAUUGUGGCAGCUAUGAGAAUAUGAUAGAGACACUUGUCGGAUGCAAAAGAACAGGAUGCACUUUCCUUGUAGGUGGUCGAAAUAUGGAUGGUGUUUUUAAGGUUUUAGAAGAUUUUAAGAUUCCAGAUGAGUUAAAAGACAUGUUUAUUUCGAUACCAAUUGAUAAGUUUCGAAUGGACAUUUCAUCAACCGAAAUAAGGAAAGGCCUAGAGUGCAAGUAAAAAUAAUAUAUUUGUUUGACUAAUAUUGGGUUAUUAAAUAUGGUUAUUAUUUUGAACUUGUUAUUUGUAAACUAAAUCAAUUUGGUGGAUUUUUGUUGACUUUAGAUGUAUCAAAUGUGAGUUGGUAAGUUUUGGGCCUAA